UUUUCAACCGAUUCAAUUCGAGACCGCCAACAUAACUCAAAGAUUCGCCAAGUCACCGUAGUCGUCGUCGUCGUCGUCGUUGUCACAAGCCUGAGAAAAUAUAGAUCCCUGCUUAACCAUGGACAUAUUGAGGAGCGAUGCCGAAUGCGGCGAGUCUGAUAUUGCCAAUUUCUAUGCAAACAAGACCAUCCUGAUAACCGGUGCCACUGGAUUUAUGGGCAAAGUCUUAGUAGAGAAACUACUGCGCAGCUGCUCCGAUCUGAAUGUCAUAUAUCUAUUGAUACGCACCAAAAAGGGGGUCGAUCCCAGUGUUCGCAAGGAGCAGUACUUCAAAUGUGUGAUCUUUAACAAACUGCUGGAGAAGAAUCCCGGCAUCGUGGACAAGGUGCGCGUGGUAAAGGGCGAUCUGCUGGAACCGGACCUUGGCCUGAGCGCCAAUGACACCAACACUCUCGCCUCCAACGUCGAGGUGGUGUUCCACUGUGCAGCCAAUGUGCGCUUUGACCAGCCUCUGCGUCCCAUGGUCAUGAUGAAUGUGGUCGGUACCUUGAAAGUCCUUCGUCUGGCUGAGAAGAUGAGCCACCUGCAGGCCCUGGUUCAUGUGUCCACCUCCUACUGCCAGUGCAACGAGAGUGUGCUGGAGGAGAGAGCCUACCCGGCACCACAGAAUCCCUUCUCUAUCAUUGAAAUGGUGGAGACGAUGGAUGACGUCGCCCUGGCGGAAAUCACACCCAAAUUAUUAAACGGCUUGCCGAACACGUACGCUUACAGCAAGGCGCUGUCGGAAGAUUUAAUUUGCAGAUACAACAAUAAGCUGCCCAUAAUCAUCACAAGGCCCUCGAUUGUGACGGCCGCUAUUCACGAACCGUUGCCCGGCUGGAUCGAGGGCGUCAAUGGACCUACUGGUCUUAUGAUAGGUGCUGCUCGCGGAGUCAUCCGAUCGAUGCACUGCAAUCCGGACUACGCCUCCACUGUAAUCCCCGUGGACAAGGCCAUCAAUGGUAUGAUCCUGUGUGGCUAUCAACGUGGCAAGGCCAGUCAGGAGAAAGGUGGUCAGCAGAGAGGCGUGGAGUUCUGCAAUCUGUGCAUCUCCAGCAAAGCUCUGAUGUCCUGGGGCGACAGCAUCGAGACAGGUCGACGAUUCUUCUACGAAACACCUCUCAGCUUUGCGCUUUGGUAUCCAGGAGGAUCCAUCAAGAAGAACUACUACCACCACCUCUUCUGCGUCAUCUUCUUCCACUAUCUGCCCGCCUACUUCAUCGACUUUUGGCUGCUCGUCUUUGGCCAGAAGCCCUUCUUACUGAAUGUCCAACGCAAAGUAUCGGUGGGUCUGAAACUCCUGCAGUACUAUACAACGAAAGACUGGGAGUUCCGCAACGAACGGUUCCAGGAAAUGAGUAGUCAACUAAAUACCGUAGAUCAGGAUCUCUUUGACACGUCGGUGGGCCAAGUUAACUGGGAGACGUACAUCAGCAACUACAUCGUGGGCAUGAGGACCUAUAUCCUGGGCGAGAGCGAGGCUACUUUACCUCAGGCUCGCAAAGUCCUGCGACGUCUUUACAUCCUCGACUGGGUCAGCAAGGUGCUGUUUUGUUUCCUGAGCUUCUGGUUCUUGUGGACCCAUCUGGAUGGCUUCGUGGAGAGGGGAGAUGCCUUCAUCCGAUCUUCGCUCAGCAAUAUUUACCAUGAGCGAAACAACACCAUACAUGCUUAAGUUCUUUUCUAAUUAUGUACUUCAAAUAUAGUCCACAAGAUUUUGUUUAUUUUUAAGUCAA